CAUGACUUCCAAGAGCCAGUGAACACAUCCUGAAAGGCACAGGAGAUGUGAAGAACACACCGUCAGCUCCACUAGGAUCAGAGCUCAGGAGGCUGCCUCCCCUGCACUCAAAUUUUUUUUUUGCCAUUUCUUCCUGUGCCUUUACAUCAGUAUAUUUCUUUUUUUUUAUUAUUAUUUCUUUUUUUUAUUCCUGGACAUCUGUAUGAUCAUGUACCCAAUGUUUUACUCAAACACAUUCCUAGUGCUGCUCAGUGCCAUCCUCUGGGGGCACAGCGAUUCAGAGACGCGUGUCGUGAGUGGUCGGAAGGUUUGUUAUGCAGAUUAUAAACAUCCAUGCUACAAAAUAGCUUUUUUUCAAGACUUAACAGCACGGGUUGGCUACCAUCAGGCACAUCAAGUCUGCGAUGUGGAAGGAGGCCAUCUUCUGAGCAUUGAAAGUGAAGCAGAGCAAAAACUCAUUGAGAGAAUGCUACAAAAUCUUACAAAUUCAGGAUCUGGAAAAUCGGAUGGAGAUUUCUGGAUUGGACUCUCAAGAAACCGAGAAAGAAUGGCUUCAUCUGGUGCUUGUCCAGACCUCUAUGAGUGGGAUGAUGGAAGCACCUCCCAAUUCAGGAAGUGGUAUGCGGAUGAGCCGUCUUGUGGCAGUGAAGCCUGUGUUGUCAUGUAUCAUCAGCCAACGGCACAUCCUGGCCUAGGAGGCCCAUAUCUGUACCAGUGGAACGAUGACCGGUGUAAUAUGAAGCACAAUUUUAUAUGUAAAUACCCUCCUGAAAAUAUCCUAGAGAAAGAAUUAGGAGACAGAGCAGAGCCACACCAUGACCCAGAGUCUCCUGUGACCACAGAUGUAACCCUAGCUACAGUCAAGCCGGAGGACUCCUCUCAUGUAUCUGUGGCUGAAACAGGAAUAAUGCCAAACCUAAUCUAUGUUAUUAUACCCACCAUACCGCUGCUGCUGCUGAUACUGGUGGCGUUCGGGACCUGCUGUUUCCAAAUGCUACAUAAAAGACUCAAGCUUCAGUCCCAGGAGCCUUCAGCACAUGCUCUAGAAGAUGAAGAUAUGAAGGAGGAUUCGCAUGGCUACAGCGUGAAAGUCAGCAAGCAAAGAACGUUCAAAGACCAGCCCAACUCAAUCUACCCUGUGGAUUUCCAAAGCCCCGAGGAGCGAUAUCACUAUGGAGGUUUAACAAAACAAUGACUCAUAUCACCACCACGCGAGGAAAAUGUAUCAAAAUGUAUUUUCUGGAUCAGUAGACUUUAAAGCAUCCGCUUGGAAUGACUUGCUAUCUCAGCAGCAUCAGUAUUCUGUUCAGCGAGAACGGCUCCCCCUUGAGGCACAUUUUAAGAACACUUUUGUAAUUCUCAUGUUUGAUUCAUAAGUAAACCGGCAUCCGAGUCUUGCUCCGUUUAGAAUAAAGAAGCCUAUGUUUAUUUUGCUGGUUGAAAAUCUUCAAUUACCAUGCAGCAGAGGAAAGGGACAAUACCUCUUUCAAUUUAUACGAAGAAAUGUUCUGUAUGUUUGACACUGUUUGCAAUGAGAAUGGUUGAUUUUAUUAUCCUGUUCCUUAUGUAUUGUACUUUUUG